UGUCUGUAUUUGUUUGUCCGACCGUCGGCCGCCAUGAUGAGUCUCCUUCAAGCGUCUGCUCGCAGCAGCGUCCGAGCGGUGACCAAAAACUUCUAUUCCACAGAAAUGAGCAAACGCGUGGCCGUGGUUCUGGCGGGCUGCGGGGUCUUCGACGGCAGCGAGAUCCACGAAGCUUCCGCCAUUUUGGUGCAUUUGAGCCGAGGAGGCGCAAGUGUGAACGUGUUCGCCCCCGACGUGGAGCAGAUGCACGUGGUGGACCACGCGAAGGGCGAGCCCACGAAGGAGAGGAGGAACGUGCUGGUGGAGAGCGCCAGGCUGGCCCGUGGCAGCAUCCAGGACCUUUCCAAACUCAGCGUCGAGGACCAUGACGCCAUCAUCUUCCCAGGCGGUUUCGGGGCGGCGAAGAACCUGUGCACGUGGGCGGUGCAGGGCAAGGACUGCUCGGUCAACGGUGAGGUCAAGGCGGCCCUGGAGGCGUUCCGCGGCGAGGGCAAACCCAUCGGCCUCUGCUGCAUCGCGCCCGUGCUGGCCGCCAAAGUGUUUCCCGGCUGCGAGGUCACCGUCGGCCUGGAGAACGACGACAAGUACCCCAACACGACGGACACGGCGGCCGCCAUCAAGCAGCUGGGCUGCGAGCACGUGAGCGCGCCUGUGAGCCGGAGCCACGUGGACCGCAAGAACAAGCUGGUGACCACCUGCGCCUUCAUGUGCGACGCGCCCAUUCACGAGGUGUUCGACGGCAUCGGCUCCAUGGUGCAGGACGUGCUUAAGCUAGCCUGAACCGAGCCAAAUUCUGGCGCCUUUCUGCUAAAGAUGUGCAGCAGUACCUUUUAGGGAUGUUGAAGGCCUCCCUGGAGAACCUCAGCAGUCUGCCCUGCACCUCAAUGCCAACAUUGAAGGCCAGCAGCAGGUCCACACCGGAGGGCCUCCCGGGCGCGACCUCCGCCAAGGCCAGCAGGGCGGCCAGCACCGCCCCCGAGGGAUGAGUGGCCGGGUACCACGUGUCAUCAAAGUCCAUCGAGUGAACCUGGAAGCACCCAGGCAAAGUUUCAAAAGACGUCGCAGGACCGUCGAUGCUGUCGUCAGUCGUGUGAGCGAGCCUACCGCCACGCCGUUGACAAACGCGGCGAAGUGCGGCGGCACAGUCGUGUCCGAUUUGCCCCAAACGCUGCUAUUCUCCUCUGACUGGAACGACUGACAUCAACAACAUGAAAAGAAAGGUCAAGUCAGCAAAGAAUGAAAACCGCUUUACUUGCAAAAUGACUACAUUUAAUCAUGUCAGAAAAAAAUAAAUCCUUAUAAUUUUGUGAAAAUGCCCAAAAUUCAGUUAUCCCACUCUAGUUCCGGGUGGCUCAUUUGUAAAGGCAGUCAUUUUGAUGCAGCACUUGGAUCGAAUGUACUGAAGAACAACAUGGUACACGAACUUGGCUGUGGUACAAAUCACGACAGAGAAAAAUUAAAUAGAAGACUACGGAAACUUAAACUUACAGUAAUAUUUUUAAUGUUCACAAAUGGAAAUUUUAAACUAUAAAUAAGUUAAAAGAAGUAUAUUCUUUUUGAAUGUACAAAUAACUAGAAUAAACUAAUCAUAUAUUUGGCAGAAAAAAAAUUCCAAUAACCGAUUAAUGAAAAAAAAAAAAAAUUUAGUAAAAUAACUUAUUUGGUGCCCUACAUAUCCCGACACAGUGUUUUUCUCUAAAAUUACAUGAAAUUCAUAGCAAUUUUCUAUUCUUUUUUUACCAUUUGUUCAUAAAAUGGCCACAUGAAAUGAUAUGGCGGGCCAGCUCUGGUGGCCGGGCCUUGGGUUUGACACCGGUGCAUUACGCCAUACAAUGUUACUGCAGUAAUAAGGACGUUAAUUCUUGUCGUUUGUGUGUUGAUGUUGCACUGUGUUUUAUGAAAGCGUGACUUGAGGUCGUGUGCGAUCGAGGGAGCUCCUGGUCAAUUGCGCUGUCCAAUUUGUCAAUCCCGGCAGGCCGGCAGACUGUUCAAAUCAAGUCUCAGGAAUUCUUGAGAAACAACAUCUUUGCGCAAUUCUAGCGGAGUGUUUCCCAUUUGUAACAUUGGUACUGUUAUAGUUUUACUUAUAAUUUCCUGUAUUGUAGUUAGAAUGCCAUUGUCCUUAUAUGAUGUUGUAAUGGGUUAAAAAAUCUGCAAAACUCAGCCUGAUUAUUGCCAAUUUGAAACUCGUUUAUUUUUUUUUAAGAAUGUUCAUGUUUGUUUAGCAAAAAAAGGGCUGUUUAAUUCACCACGUAAAUGAUCUUUUGUAAACUUCGACAUUACGCACAAAUACACAAGGUAUUCUGCAAAGAUGUUCA